AUGGCUGCUUCACUUUAUAAAACUAACUCUGGCCGUAUGUUUCACGCGGGAACCAUCGCCAUUAUCACCGUAGGCCUUCCAGCAAGAGGAAAAACACACGUAUGUCGGUCACUAUGUCGCUAUUUAAGGUGGCUUGGUGUACAGACCAAGGUCUUCAGCGUCGGAAAUUAUCGACGCCUCGUCAUGGGUACGCCUGAAAGACUUCCUCGGGAUUUUUUUAGCCCUGGUUUCGAGUAUGAGAUUCUAGCUGCGUUGAGUAACCAAGAAACUGCAGAGAAACGGCACGAGAUCGCGAAUGCCUGUUUACAAGAUAUGAUCGAAUGGUUCGAGAAAGGUGGGCAAGUCGGAAUCUAUGAUGCCAGUAAUACUACUGAACGAAGAAGAAGAGAGAUACACGAUACUUUGAUAAAACAUGGCGUUCAUCCGGUAUUUAUAGAAUCGAUAUGCGACAAACCAGAAAUCAUAGAAAGUAAUAUUCGAAGUGUAAAGGUUUUAUCACCUGAUUAUCUUGGUUGGGAUCCGGAAGAGGCGGUCGAAGAUUAUUGGGCGCGUAUCAACAAUCAUAUACCUUAUUAUGAAACGAUCAAUGAUCCUUCGUUAGAUUUUGUGAAAAUGAUAAAUGUGGGUGAACAGAUUAUCGUGAAUAAUGUGAAGGGAUAUCUUCAGUCUGGAGAAUGCCUUGAAGAAGUAUCUCAAAAAGCAGACGUUGGAUUGAAUCCCUGUGGACGUGAAUAUGCUGAAAAGCUCAAAAACUUUGUUCUGAAUUUAAGAGAACGCGAAAAACGGGAACGGAAAGCACAAGGUUGGGGAGAUGAGGACGGGAGGCAAUUGAUUGUUUGGUCAUCUACUCGUCAACAAUGCUUACAAACAGCACAACCUUUUGCUGAGGCAGGAUUCACAGUGAGUCCGCGAACACUAAUGGGAGAAAUAAAUUUGGGCGAGGCAGAUGGCUUAAGCGAAGAAGAAUUAAAAAAAAAAUUCCCAAUAGAAUAUAUGCGACGGAAGGAAAAUCCAUAUCAUCACCGGUUUCCUAGAGCUGAGUCAUAUCAUGAUCUAGCAGUACGUUUAGAAGCUGUAAUUCUGGAAUUGGAACGCGAAAAAAACGAUGUUCUAAUUAUCGCGCACGAGACUGUUCUACGGUGCUUAUACGCUUAUUUGUUCGAUCGUCCUGAAGAGGAAAUACCGUUUCUCGCUUUCCCGAGAACCGAUUUAAUCGAAAUCAUUCCCUCGGCAUACGGAUGUAAAGAAAAAAGAAUGAAAAUCUUUGAAACUUCCGAAGAACUGAAUUUAAAUAACAACAUCAUCAAUAUACAGACACAACCACCACAAUUACAAUAUUAUGAAGGUGCCCCUGAGAAAAACGAAAAAGUCUUGAUUCCACGCCAAAAUGGAGAAAAAAGUAAAAAACGUGAAAAUGAUAUUGGCAGUACUACAAUAUCAAAUGAAAAUGUACGACCGGACGAAUCAAUAUUGAAUGGGCAAAAGAGAUUAAAUGAAGAUAAUAUCGAAAAGAAAAAAUUCAAUAUUAUUAUAUUAGCAUCUAGCCGUGGCCAAGCAUUCUUGGCCGAAAAUAUUUCCCAAAUGGUCAUUUUGGCUAACGAUCCCGGCUAA